AUGUCAACCUACUGUUUGAAGGUGAAAUUCCCGACCAAUAAUGGCAUUGGUGAAGUGAAGGGCGAUCAAGUCCUGGCAAGAGAAUGUUAUCAAGCUGUCCUAGCUGGAAAAGAAAACCACACGUGGAUGAUUGAAGAAAAAGAGGAAGACGGGAUAGAGGCCCUGGAAACAGUGGAAUUGGUAGAAGGAAGUGUGAACAAGACGACCAAGAUAGGGACGACGCUGAGCCCCGAGAUGAGGACAAGACUCAUAAGGUUCUUAAAGGAGAAUCUAGAUGUCUUUGCAUGGAGUCACGAGGACAUGCCGGGCAUAUCUCCAGAAGUCAUCCAACACAGGCUGAAUGUGGACCUAGAACGGAAGCCCGUCCAGCAACGACGGAGAACCUUCGCUCCAGAACGAGAUCAAGCAGUUGCAGAGGAAGUUAACAAACUCUUGAUAGCUGGAUUCAUCCGGGAAGUGUAUUACCCUGAAUGGCUCGCCAAUGUCGUCCUGGUCAAGAAAGCGAACGGGAAAUGGAGGAUGUGCAUAAAAAUGGCUGAAGAAGACCAGGAGAAGACCGCCUUUAUCACAAGUCAAGGACUCUACUGCUACAAGGUAAUGCCUUUUGGGUUAAAAAAUGCUGGAGCUACGUAUCAGAGGCUCGUGAACAAAAUGUUCAGCCAGCAGAUUGGCAAAAACAUGGAAGUAUACGUGGACGAUAUGCUCGUCAAGAGCAAGGAAGAGCUUGCACAUCUGGACGACUUGAAGGAAACUUUUGCAACCCUCAAAAAACACCAGAUGAGGUUGAAUCCAACCUCGGCAGUAAGUGCAACUUUAAUUGGAGAAGAAGGCAAGAAGCUACUCCCAGUUUACUACGUCAGCCAAGCUUUCCAAGGGGCUGAGUCCAGAUACCCAAGGAUCGAAAAGAUUGUGUUUGCACUAAUAGUGGCCUCGCGCAAGCUCAGGCAAUAUUUCCGGUCAAAUCCUAUUCUCGUAAUGACGGACCAACCAAUCAAGAAGUCGAUGAACAAGCCAGAAGCAACAGGGAGAAUGGUCCAGUGGGCAAUUGAAUUUAGUCAAUUUGACAUCGAGUACCAUCCAAGAACAGCGAUCAAGGCACAAGCUCUGGUGGACUUCAUCGCAGAAUUCACACUCCCUGACGAAGACAGGAUUACCGAUGAAGCAGAUAAAUUAAUAAUACAGACUAAUAGUUCGUCAACCCAAAAGAAGGGGGGAGUAGGGGCCAUCAUAACCACCCCCGACGGAGAAGUGCUGAAAUAUGGGGUCCAACUAAAGUUCCCGACCACCAACAACGAAGCUGAAUACGAAGGAAUACUAACGGGACUGAGGCUUGGGAAAGCUCUUGGUGCCAAAAAUUUGUUGAUCCAAAGUGAUUCGAAGCUAGUGAUUGGACAGAUCAAGGGAGAAUACGAGGCAAAAGAAGAAAGGAUGCAGAAGUACCUCAAGUUGGCAAGACAACUAGCUCAGGAAUUCGAUACAGUGGAGUUCAUACAAAUCCCAAGAAGUCAGAAUAUGGGGGCUGACGAAGUGUCAAAGCUAGCGUCAUCAAAAGAAGAAUGGACUAGCACGGACCUGGCGAUGGAAGUCCAAAAACACCCUAGUAUCGAGGAAGUUGCAACAUUCACCAUCCAGAGCACUGAUACCUGGAUGACGCCCAUAAUGUCCUUCCUCCAGGACGGGCACCUACCUCAAAACACUGAAGAAGCCAGAAAGAUCAAGAAGAGGGCAGCCAGGUUCACGAUCCUGAAUGACGUCUUGUACAAGAGAGGCUUCUCUAUGCCUUACUUGAAGUGCGUUGACGAGGAAGAGGCCAAAUACAUCUUGGAGGAAGUACACGGAGGAAUUUGUGGUGACCAUGCUGGCUCCAGAUCCCUAGUAAACAAAGUGGUAAGGGUAGGAUAUUUUUGGCCAACCAUGCAGGUGGACGCUGCUGAGAUCGUCAGGAGGUGCAACAAAUGCCAACGAUACGGGAAUGUGCAGCGGCUUCCAGCAGAGAAAAUGACAACCAUAGCUUCCUUAUGGCCAUUUGCACAAUGGGGAAUCGAUAUCGUCGGUCCUCUGUCCCAAGGUAAAGGUCAGGUUCGGGAUUCCCUCGACGAUCAUAUCAGACAAUGGAAGGCAGUUCGACAAUCAAGGCUUCAGGGAAUUCUGCUCAAACCUUGGGAUCAAGAAUCAGUUCUCAUCCCCAGGGUAUCCUCAGGCAAAUGGGCAGACGGAAGUGACGAACCGGACGCUACUCAAGAUUAUCAAGACCAGACUGAACGAUGUGAAAGAACCACCGCUAGAACCCCAAUAGGAGAAACCCCCUUUAGGCUUACCUAUGGUACAGAAGCAGUAAUCCCAGUCGAAGUAGGGGUCACAAGCAUCAGGCGUGGAACUUUCAACGAAGAGAUCAAUGACGACGAACUGCGACUCAACCUAGAUUGUCUGGACGAAGUAAGAGUCAACGCAUCCAGCAAGAUGACGAAGUAUCAAAAAAGGAUGGCCGAAUACUAUGACAAAAGGGUCAAACUGAGACGCCUGGACAUAGGUGACCUCGUCUUACGUAGGACCACCGUGGCAACUAAAGACCCUACCCAGGGAAAGCUGGGUCCUACGUGGGAAGGUCCCUACCGAGUCAUUCACUACUCAAGACAAGGAAGUUAUCACCUGAAAACCAUGGACGGACAAAGGCUUCCUCGACCAUGGAAUAUUGAGCAUUUAAAAAAGUACCACCAGUAA